AUGCCAGUUUCGCUCAGCUUCUAUUCCGACGGUGUUCCGCCGAAUAUUCUUGGGCUCGCUGAACAGGCUGCCCGAAAUACAGGUGGCGCAUAUCGGAACAGGGGUAGACACAGCCGGCACAAUCCUUAUCAGGGUCCUCUUCCGGAUGAUAGACGAUGUGGUAACCGAGCUUUUACCAGCUCGAGUCACCCACGACUUGAAGGAAUGAGACCCCCAGAUCGAUUGGUCAGCCAAGGUUACGGUAUUGCCAAUGAAGGCAACCAACACCACUACACGUACCAUCGGCAUACUAGGCCAGCGGGUGAUCAGGAAACCCUUGGUGACAAAAGACCGGCAUCGAUAACACCACCGGCAAUCAAGGUGGGGAAAUUUCUCUUGUCAGAGAAAGCAGAUGCGUGUGCAGGGGUCAAACAGACAACUGCCCCUCUAACGAAACCAACCACCACCCAGUCAUCCAUCACCAUCACCAAAUUGUCGACACCGCAGUUAAGUGAUUCGACAAAACGUCGUUUAAGGCGAGAAAGAGCGCAGGCGGCCGCGUACCAACAACAAUCAUAG